AUGCAGCGAAUCCGGCCACAGUCUCUUGCAGCCGUAUCUGGCCAAGCACAAGCCGUGCAGAAUACCCAGGCUUUUCUGACACAGCAGGAGAGCCUACAAACUGUCAAAGAUCUCAUCGAGAUAUCGAUUGGAUCCUUCACUUAUCUACGAGACAUCUUCCCAGAGGACUGCUACAAGAACCACAUAUGCAAAUCCGCGAAUCCAAAGUCCAACGUCACGACCAAGAAGCUAGCCAGAGGCAGCUUUGCAGCCGUAGAUAAGCUGCUCGACUACCUCGAGCUGGGCGUUUACGAUGCGCUGGAGAAGCGCUACCUGUCGUCACUCAUCCUGGCGAUUCACUUGGACAAAGAGCAGCCUGGCAACGUGGUGGAGACCUACACCUUCAACUUCAGCUACACGAAGGAUGACAAAGGCAACACUAUACCGAUCAUGGACAUCACCGAUGGACUCGACAGACUUGCUUUCUCCACCAACGAGCCCAAAGUGGCUGCACCCACAGUAGCUGAGAUCCGAGUGCGAGUACAGAGCAUCAUCAGGUCUCUGAUCUCUUACGUUGAGACAUUUCAGCGUCUGCCUGACCAGAAGUUCCUCUAUUUCAAAGUCCACUACAACAAUGACUGUCCCCAAGAGUACGAGCCGCCUUACUUUGGACCUGCGCAAGAGCACCGCCUUCAGUUCUUUACGCGCAACCUGGCAGAAAGACCCGAAAAGAUGCGCUUUGGAGAGCUUGAGACGGGUCAUCACAAAGUCAGGGCUUCGAUCGCCUCUGUGGCUGGGCUGUUGCCCGAGGUCGCCGAAGGUGAUGACAUCCACUCCCAGAUCUCACUCCAGCUCAAGGACCAAGCUGAGCGAUCGGUACUCUGGGAUGCAGAGCAGCAAGCUGAGGAUGGCUUCGAGACACACCCUGAAUACGACGAAUCGGCAUUUGCUGUAGCUCACUCACUCUCGAAGGAAGAGCACGAAAAGGUCCAACUGCUCGGCAUCAACAAGCGCUAUGAGCCAGAGGCGCCUAUCGGCUACAGGAUGAGUGAUGGUAGAAUUGCUCCGAUCCCACCAAGUGCUCUUGAAGAAUUCCAGCUAGGGCAAGGUUCGAAGCGACAGGGUCAUGAAGCCUCUAAAGAGGAAAAUGCAGACGUGGAGAUGUUCGUCGCCAAAGCCAUAAAGCGUAGCUUCGAAGAUCAGCCAGUUGCGACCGAGCUCGCUAAUAGUAUCAUCUCGCCCUUCUAUCAGGGCUCGAUGGAUGGCACUGCUUUGUUGGACGAGCCUACCCAGUUGACGCAAAUGAGUCUACAGCUUCCUCCUUGCACCCAGAGAAGCUUUGCCCCCAACGCGGUCUCUUUGGACUUUGAACCAGGCCAGUCACAGUCUCUUUCUAUCGUGGAGAGUGCGAAUGAGUCAGAAAAGGCCAUUGAGGGGUCAGACGACCAGAUCAUAAUCGACACACAAGACUCUCGCGCUUCAAACGAGCACGCACUGGAGCACGACUCCAUUCAGUCACUCGCCAUGACCCCCAACAUCGUUUCUCAGAGCUCAAUUGCCGCUCAAACACCUGGACAGACUCCCUCUACUGCGAAAGAAGAAAUGCUGUCACGAACCGACGCGAGUACCCUCGCUUCUAUCGAUCCAGCUGCUCAGAAGCAAGCUCGAAGUGGCCGAAAGCGAAGUGACAAGAGCGAAGAGACUUGCACAUGUGGCUAUCCGGUCUUGCACGCUGCACACGCCGGCAAGUGCUCUGUAUGCGAUAGACGCCUUCACCUUCCCUGCUAUGGCCAUCUCGCUUGGAAAGACGGCGGCAAGGUGCCACUCAGCUGCUGGGACCAUGCACUGCCAAGCCACGCAUCUGACCCAAUUGAGCAAGACGUCAUCAGAGGUGAUACGUAUCGCCAGCUUCAACACCUUGCCUUUGUACGACGAGCACUCUACGAGCUUCACCGCGCCGGCUCUUGGCCUGAUGGAGGUCUCACUGCCUUCAGCAAGCUCACUGGCUUCACGACUGGUCUCUCCGGAGAGCUGUACAGUCAGCUGCUUAGUGAAGGAUUCUUGACCAGCAGCGGCGCUGGAUCAAAGAAGACUCGACGAGCUACUAAGCAGACCGUCCUCGACACGUCUUGGGCUACCAAGAGCAGGUUCAAAAACGAGUACUUUUCUCCCGGUGGAGGCAAAGAGAAGACCAUCUUCACUGCAUAUCAGAAGCAGCUUGACGAUAUGAUGGCGGCCUUUACUGCUAAGAAUUCUGCGUCUAGAGCCGGCAGUCUCACUGAUCAGCGCGAUGCUACAGAGGUUCCUGCGGCUUCUCCAAAGCGACAGAAGAGCGUUCUUCAGCCUGCCAUGCACAAGACCAACAGCAAGGCCAUUGGCGGUGACGGCGAAUGUACUCCUCGAGCUCACAGUCGCAAUGAUAGCGGCAACAGGAGUGGCGGCGCUGGCCUUGCUGGUCAGAAGCGGAACGAGCCUGACAGCGCCGAAAAGCAGGACGUGGGAGAUGUUGUACUCAAGAAGGCGGCAUGGGCCAGGGCUUCGCAGUGCGACCCCAUCGAAGUCAGGUGGGACUUUGACGAGUGA